AUGCAGCUGCUAGCGAAGCGCGCUAAAGCGAUCGUGCGGACUCCUUUGCGUAUAGCGGCCGGUCGAACCGCCUUGGGAAGCGCGCGGCAGCGGCCGCAGCAGCAGCAGCCGGUCCCGGCUCUUCUGCGCGACUGCAAGAAGCCAGCCUCAAUGUGGUUCUUGGAGAAAGUGCGGGCGUCCCCCGGGAGCGGCGGUCCUUUGAGCCCCUCGUUUCUGGGCUUGCCCCCUGGCCAGCCCGUGGCUGACAAAAGCAAACUCGGGGCUCCGGCGCCGGCUUUCCCCAACAUCUUGACCCCAGACAAGAUCCCGGCGUUUUGCAUCCCCCCGAGACUGGUGGCCCCCCCUGCCCCGAAAAGCCCCAGCCCAACCUUCCAGCCCCAUCGCUGCCUCACCGAGCCCACCUUGCAGGCCGCCUCUGCUGCCGAGGGGGGCUCUGGCCUCUUCUUGCCACACCUCAUCCAAGUGGAGAGCGUGGAGGAGAUACCAGACCUGGAGGAGGAGAGCACCAACUCAGACCCCCGCUCCCAGGCCGCCCUGUCUCUGCCGCACUUCCCCAAGGCCCAGACUUCCUAUGGCUUCUGCACCCUCCUGGAGAGCCCCCACACCCGCCGGAAGGAGUCCAUCUUCCACAGCGAGGCGCUGGUCCUCCCCCUGCCCCGCUCCCGGGCCAGCAGCUACAGCGGCCAAGAACUGGCCUCCAGCCCCAUCGCCGGCCACCGCCACCCGCUCCUUGGCCGGCAGGGCACCUGGGACAGCGACACAGCCUCCUCCGCGGAGUCCUCUCCCUUCGGCUCCCCGCUCCUGGGCCGCUCCCUUCCCCGGGCCGGCUUCCUCUUCAAGACCCGCAGCCAGGACGGGCUGCUGGGCAAGGCCCUGAGGGGACGAGGCAGGGCGGGGAUGGCCCGGGCGGGCUCCUUGUCGACGGACGAGGGCAGCUCCACGGACAAUAGCCCCAACGCCACCCGGCGGUCUUCGGAGAGCCUGCUGGACCAUCUGAGCUCCCGGGCCCACAGCCUCUCCCCUCUGCCCAUCUUCCCGCUGGACUUCCCCUGUAGCCGUGAGAGGCUGGGGCGGGAGAGCAUCGUCUCCAUGGACAAGGGGGGGCAGCUCCGGCUGUCCUCGGAGUACUGCUCGGAGAACCACCGGCUCCGGAUCCGCCUGAUCAGCGUGGAGGGGCUGUACGAGGCCUCCUCGUGGGAGGCCAAGAGCAUCAACUGCUGCGUCACCUUCGCGCUCCUGCCCGGGAAGCUCCAGAAGCAGAGGAGCACCGUCAUCAAGAGGAGCCGCAACCCCAUCUUCAACGAGGACUUUUUCUUCGUCGGCGUCUCUGAGGAUGACCUGGACGCUCUCUCGGUCCGGAUGAAAGUUGUGAACAGGGGUUGCAGCAUGAAAAGGGACCUGGUCCUGGGGGAGAGCGAAGUCAGUUUGAUGCACGUUUUAGCUGCGUGA